AUGUCCAGCAUCUCGGGCGCAGCGCACGACGCCUUCGACUUUGACUUCUGGAAGUUCGUCAAUUGCUGCGUCUGCCAUCUGCGUUUUGCUUCCACCAGCGCCGCCCCUCCUGUGCCGUUCUGGAUCACUGAAUGCGGACACGUCAUUUGUAACAAUCAUCUAAACUCCAAUCAGAGAUGCCCUCAAUGUGGAAGUCAUAACAUUCAGCUAAUGCCCUUGCAGCACGACAUCGAGGAACCUAUGUCAGAGUAUUUCAGGUCACUACCACACGUUUUGGAUGGUGUCGCAAAUGCUGUGAAGUUUCAACAAGAAAGUGUGGCAUCGCUAGUGCGCCAUCAUAAAGAUAGGGCCGCCCAUUUCUCGUCCACUUCCGAACGCCUUCGAAAUGAACGGAAUAACUUGAGAAGAGAAAACGAAGAGUUAAAGCAUCGCAUCACGCUUUUGGAGCAAGGUGGUGACCCUUCAACGGUGAUUAACUCCAAUGGCAAGCGCUUAAGAAGUGAUCCAUGCAGCUCAAGCCCAAAGUCCGGUGUCGUUACUGCUCCGGAUCGGCUUACUCUCUCUGAGAGAGACUAUCCAAAUUUUACUUCAGGACAACGCAGGCCAAUCCACAGUGAUGCACAAUCGGAUAGACCAGGCACCAGCCGCUUUGCGCACAAGCCUACGCGCAUAUACCCACCAAGGCUAUCACACGACCAGUCUGGUUCUCUUCAUCCUGAAGGCGGAGACUCUUCUUCGCAACACUUACUUGUAACUAAAAUGUCGGAAAUCAUCACCAGCCCACAAACUAACGCCUGGCUUACCGUCUGGCUUACUGGGCGACAGAUCUCCACCUCUCGAACAGGACUACCAAUGAAGCCACCAGCUCCGAUCAACGGCCGUGUUGCAGGUCCCAUGGGACCGCCCCCAACACCUCAGAAGACCUUCAGCUUUCGGACGCCUCAGACACCGUCUCAGAGUCUCAAACCAACUCCAACAAAUGCUAAUCUAGGCUCGACUAGGUCUGCGCGCGACUUGACAUCAAACCGCUUCGAGCCAGCAUCCACUCUUAAGGGCUCCGUGUCAUCUGACAGAUCUGUAAUGAUGCGUAACAGUGUAGGUCGACAACGAACCGCAAGCGGUUCUCAGCGGAAACCGUUUGUUCCUGGGAAACUUUAGACACGAACCGAUGCCAUCUCUGCCUCUUUCUUUCAGCCCAUAUUCAAAGACGGCUUAGCUUGAUUACACACACGAGUGUUAUAAUCCACCAACGUCAAUGACGUGAGGUACACGACGUCUUGAUAUCACACUGAGCGCGAUAAAUGUAGCUCGGGGCCCAAGCGUAUCACCCAG